AUGUCGUCCGGCGACGAUGACCGCGUCACCGUCUCCAGGCACCACCAGCGGGACAAGGACAAGGACCGCGACCACUCCUCCUCUCGCCGCCACCGCGACAAGGACCGCCCCUCCUCUCGCCACCACCGCGACGACAGGGACGGUGAGCGGGAGCGGGACCGAGAUCGCGACCGCCACCACAGAGACAAGGAGCGGGAUCGAGAGGAGCGGAAGGCGCGGGAGCGGGCGGAGAAGGAGCGCGAGAAGGAGGAGAAGAGGGAGAAGGAAAGGGAAAGGGAAAGGGAGAGGGAGAGGGAGGAGAGGGAGAUGGAGAAGGAGAGAGAGCGGGCGCGUCGUCGCGAGGAGCGGGAUAGGGAGAAGGAGAAGUCGAGGAGGCGGGAGGCGGUCGAUGAGGAGGAGAACGAAGAUCGUGACCGCGACCGCAAGCACCGCCGCCGGUCCUUGCACCGGCACCACCACCGUGAUGUGGAGCCAGAGGAGACACCGCUGACAAGGGAGGAGGAGGAGGAUGCGGAGGAGGUGGAGAGACGGCGGCAGAAGAAGGAGGAAGACAUGGAGGCUGAGCAGCAGCGGCUUGAUGACGAGAUGGAGCGGCGCCGCCGCCGUGUUAAGGAGUGGCAGGAGAAGAAGCGCCGUGAGCAGCAGCAGGAGGAUGGUGCCAGUGGUGGUGCAGCUGCCAUUGAGGCUGAUGGUGGAGGCAAGUCUGGGAAGAAGUGGACCUUGGAUGGUGAGGAGUCGGAUGAGGAGGAUGUGAAGAAGUUGGAGGAGAAUGCUGGCACUGGUGCCAUGGAUGUUGACCUACCAAGCAUGGAUAAUGGCAGUAACAGCGGGGCUGGUUUGGAAGAGGAUGAGAUUGAUCCCCUCGACGCGUUUAUGGACUCCAUGGUGUUGCCAGUGGUUGCAAAGCUCGAGAGUGCCACAACAGCGACGGAGAGCGUGCUUGCUGACAAUGCAGGUGGUUUGAAUGACAAGAGUGUGAAGGAUGCCACAAGUAAUGAGGAUAAGAAAAGACAGAUGAUGGCAAUUGGAAGAAUUAUGCAAGGGGAUGACUCUGACUCAGAUUAUGACGAUGCUAAUAAUGGCGAGGCUGGAUCAGAUGAUGAGGAUGAUGCAGAGUUCAUAAAACGUGUCAAGAAGACGAAGGCAGAGAAGUUGGUUAUUGUUGACCAUUCCAAGAUUGAUUACCAACCAUUCCGGAAGAAUUUCUAUAUUGAGGUGAAAGACAUAAAAAAUAUGCCAGCCGAGGAAGCGGCGGCCUACCGGAAGCUGUUGGAGCUCAAGGUGCACGGGAAAGACGUUCCGAAGCCAAUAAAGACAUGGAUCCAGAGUGGUCUGACAAGUAAGCUACUUGACACUAUCAAGAAGCUUGGUUUUGAGAAACCGAUGCCUAUACAAGCACAGGCGUUGCCAGUCAUAAUGAGUGGACGUGAUUGUAUAGGGGUUGCAAAGACUGGAUCUGGGAAGACUCUAGCAUUUGUCUUGCCCAUGCUGAGGCAUGUCAAAGAUCAGCCGCCUGUUGUGCCUGGGGAUGGCCCUAUUGGGCUUAUUAUGGCUCCUACGAGAGAGCUUGUGGUGCAAAUAUAUUCAGACAUAAAAAAGUUCUCCAAGGUGCUUGGCAUCAACUGUGUUCCUAUAUACGGAGGUUCUGGGGUUGCCCAGCAGAUCAGUGAACUGAAGAGGGGUGCUGAAAUUGUUGUUUGUACACCAGGCAGGAUGAUUGAUAUCCUUUGCACUAGCAGUGGCAAGAUUACUAACCUUCGAAGAGUGACUUUCUUGGUGCUAGAUGAAGCUGAUAGGAUGUUUGACAUGGGUUUUGAGCCUCAGAUUACUCGAAUCGUUCAGAACACCCGUCCGGAUAGGCAAACUGUCCUUUUCUCUGCCACUUUUCCACGGCAGGUGGAGAUACUGGCACGUAAAGUGCUGACAAAGCCUGUUGAGAUUCAGAUGGGUGGGAGGAGCGUCGUGAACAAAGAUAUCACACAACUGGUGGAAGUGCGACCAGAAAGCGAGAGGUUCUUUAGGCUGUUGGAAUUGCUUGGGGAGUGGUUUGCAAACGGAAAAAUUCUUGUUUUUGUACAGUCGCAAGAUAAGUGUGAUUCUCUACUGAAAGAGCUGUUCCAGCACGGAUACCCAUGUUUGUCUCUACAUGGUGGAAAGGAUCAAAAUGACCGUGAAUCAACUCUUGCUGAUUUCAAGAGUAAUGUAUGCAGCUUGCUGAUUGCUACCAGUGUUGCUGCAAGGGGUUUAGAUGUGAAAGAUCUUGAGCUUGUUGUCAAUUAUGAUGUAACUAAUCAUUAUGAGGACUAUGUUCAUCGGGUCGGGCGAACGGGUCGCGCUGGUAGGAAGGGCUGUGCUGUGACUUUUAUUUCUGAGGAAGAGGAACGCUAUGCACCAGACCUUGUUAAGGCUUUGGAGCUAUCUGAACAGGCCGUUCCAGAGGACCUGAAAGCCUUAGCGGAUCGAUUUAUGUCAAAGGUCAAGCAGGGAACAGAGCAGGCCCAUGGAACGGGCUAUGGUGGAAGUGGUUUCAAGUUCAAUGAAGAAGAGGAGGAAGCACGGAAAUCUGCAAAAAGGGCUCAGGCAAGGGAAUAUGGAUAUGAGGAGGACAAGUCAGAUUCAGAUUCUGACGAUGAAGGGGGUGUGCGUAAACAGGGAGGUGAUGUUGCAGCACAAGCUAUUGCUGCUGCUCAAGCUGCCGCUGCUUUGGCUGCUGCCAGGGCAACUAGUAAUGCCCAGCAGCAAGUACCAGCCACAACGGCUGGCUCCUUGCUUCCUCUGCCGGUCGUACCUAGCCAACAAAACAAUGAAGCCACACAACGAGCACUUGAUGCUGCAUACAACUUACAGAAAAAUUUGGCAAGGAUACAGGCCCAUGCAGUUCCAGAACACUAUGAAGCGGAGCUUGAGAUUAAUGAUUUCCCACAAAAUGCUCGCUGGAAGAUCACUCACAAAGAGACAUUGGUUCCCAUUCAGGAAUGGACUGGAGCGGCAAUUACUACAAGGGGAACCUUCAUUCCUCAAGGCAAAAUUGUUGGUGCUAACGAGCGCAAGCUGUACCUGUUUAUUGAGGGCCCCAAUGAGUCUUCCGUCAAGAAGGCCAAAGCAGAAUUGAAGCGUGUCCUCGAGGAUUGUGCCAACCAGGCACUGAAUCUUCCAGCUUACCGUGGUUUGCAGAUCACAAUCCAAUUGUUGGACUUCAGAUAUGCAACUAUUUUUUAA